AUGGUCACACCCACCCAAGACACCCUCCUGGUCAUCAUCCACUGGACUCCCCCCGAAUCAUGGAUCUCAGCUGUAUCCCAAGCCCUCCCCAACCUCCGCAUCAUAUGCCACCAAGUCAGCAUCUGGGAUACUGAAGUCCCAGAUCUCCCUGAAGAGGUCUGGAAGAGUGUGACCGUUCUUGCCACGAGGAAGCUGUACCCGACGCCGGAAAUGGUGCCGAAUCUGCGGUUCGUGCAGGUGCUGAGUGGGGGGUGUAAUCAGAUUCAUGGAUUGCCGUUGUAUGAGAAGACGGAUAUUACGUUUGCGACGGCUAGUGGGAUUCAUGGACCUCAAAUGGCGGAAUGGGUCUUUUCGACUUAUCUUUCUUUUCAACAUCACAUCCCCCAAUACAUGGAGUACCAAAAAGAGAACAAAUGGAUGGACCCCGAGUCAGACGAAGACACCGAGGACGCAGUCGGUCUCAGAGUAGGCCUUCUCGGCUAUGGCUCCGUCGGUCGACAAUGUGCCCGCGUCGCCAAAGCACUUGGGAUGGAUGUUUACGCCUACACAUACCAUGACCGAUCAACCUCCGUGUCACGAAAGGCCAACACCUUCACUGUGCCAGGAACAGGCGACCCCAACGGCGAACUCCCAUCGAAAUGGUACUCAGCCGAAAAGAAUGAGCUGAACACUUUUCUCGCGUCAGAUCUUGAUCUCCUCGUCAUUACUGCCCCAAUCACCAAAGACACAAAGGGCUUGAUCGGCCGUGAGCAAUUCGACAUCUUGAGUAAGAAAAAGCCGUUCCUGAGUAAUGCAUCCCGGGGUAAGGUAAUCAACACAGAUGCGCUGUUGGAUGCGCUGCAUACCGGCAAGAUUCGGGGUGCGGCGCUGGAUAAGACAGACCCUGAGCCAUUACCGUCAGACCAUGAGUUGUGGAAUGUUAAGAAUGUGAUUAUCACGCCGCACUGUGGGGGAUGUUCAACGCAGUAUAACGAGCGUGGAUUGAAGAUCUUAAAGGGGAAUCUGGAGAGGUGGAUGAAGAGGGAGGAAGUUUCUAAUAAGGUUGAUAGAGCUCUGGGGUAUUAG